AUGGAUGCUGAGCUGGAGUUUGCCGUCCAGCCCAGCACCACUGGUAAACAGCUCUUUGACCAGGUCAGUGUUUACAGUACCCUUCUAGCUGUUAUAUUCAAUGGAUUGGUCCCAGCAACAGCAGAGCACCUAGAGUAUUUACAAUACAUUUUUGGCAGACAUUUUAAAUUAAUGUAUUUUGAGGCUAUCCUGUGUGUGAGUACAAGUGCAAGUGUUACUGAAACUGAUUACCGGUAGUGUGAGUUUACUGAAACUGAUUACCAUUAGGGUGAUGUUACUGAAACUGAUUACUGGUAGUGUGAGGUUACUGAAACUGAUUACCGGUAGUGUGAGGUUACUGAAACUGAUUACCGGUAGUCUGACAAGAGAGAGUCAAGAGGGUACUGAAACUGAUUACCGGUAGUGUGAGGUUACUGAAACUGAUUACCGGUAGUCUGACAAGAGAGAGUCAAGAGGGUACUGAAACUGAUUACCGGUAGUGUGAGGUUACUGAAACUGAUUACCGGUAGUCUGACAAGAGAGAGUCAAGAGGAUACUGAAACUGAAUACUGGUAAUGUGAGAAGAGAGAGUAUGAUAAAAGCCUUUUUAUUUUGAUCAGAUUACAAUAUGUAUGACAAUGUAGAUGUAAAAUUGACAUGAUUUAUGGAAGUGAAUCAUCCCAACCAUUGUCCUUCCCACGGAACCCAGAAAUACAUCUGUUUGAGCCGGUCCCUGUCAUCAAUGUUUUCUGUACAACAUGUUUGAAUGCAGCAUGUUUGUACGGUAAGUAUAGAGGGGCAAUAAGAUAAUAUCGUAUUGUUCUCAGAUUACUGUACAUUGACAAGAGCUUAUAGUAUGUUUCUGCCGUAACCUCUUGUUGGUUGGUACAUCAGUGUACUGUAAUGUACUGUAUGUGAGAGGGUGGCAGGUAGCUUAGUGGUUAGAGCGUUGGGCCAGUAAUCGAAAUCUGUCGACGUGCCCUUGAGCAAGGCACUUAACUCUAAUUUGCUCCGGGUGCCGAACUACUAUGGCUGACCCUGUAAAACAACACAUUUCACUGCACCUUUCCGGUGUAUUUGAUAAAUAAAACUUUUGUUUUUGAUGUGCUUAUGUAAUGGUUGAGUCCCAUGAUGUCACUUCUGUAGCUACAGUGUGGACUGGAUUCCAAAGGCAUCAUGAGAUGUACAGAUGUAGGAUCUUAAUUUGCUCACUCUUUUGUUGCUGAGAAUUUUCCUGCAUAGCAGGAAAUGCAAAAUUGUAGUUUAUUCAAGGUUUAAAAAGGCUUCUAAAGUUUGUAAUUUCCACUUUAAAAUUUCAGAUUUGAUUUGCCCUAAUGAAAAAUGUGUGCCCCUACAAUGUCCAUUAAUUAUAAUCCACAUAAUAACUCACAUUUCCUGUUGCUGCAGGAUUAUUUUCCUGCUGUAGCAAACUGGCUCAAAUUAAGAUCCUACAUCUGUAGCAGGCAUUUAUUCCAUCACGCAAUGGGGAAAGGAAGGGCAUUGUCAUUUCCUGAAUAACUUGUUUGUGUGUGUGGAUACAUGUUUAGGGAAUUUUACUUUCAGGCUCUCUGCAGAGAUAUUAGCAUUAGAUUCAGAUGUUCCACUUCCGUGUCACUAAAAAUUCCUCCACCUACAUGUUGAAAGGCCUCAGUGGGGUGUGUCAGACAUUGUCGUGCACCAGAAUAAUUUGUGUUGGAAACAGUUUAUCGCCGCUCACAAUACAGAUGCACGUAAAGGUUUUUUUGUCUUGUGAACUGUCCAUCUGAUAACCACCAGUAGCCAAAGUUGAAGUCUACUAACAUCUAACUACUGCUUCCUCUGGUUAGCAAUGUGUCCGUCUGAAGCCUGUGACCUAAUUGAAUUAGAAUCUUGGCCUGGGCAGGUGAAGUCAGUAGCAGAAAUCCCCUGCAGAGAAGGACACAGACAGUCAGACAGAAGCAUGCAUGCACACACACAAACAUACACACACAUUUUAAAUACUUUAUUUGAAUCCACCAAUCAAAUGUACAAAAAAAGGAUCCAAACAUUUCAAAGGUCCCUGUAAGCAUGGCACUCAAUGGUAUAGAAAUCACCUCCUUCUCCAAACAGCUAGGCUGCCCACGACAGCUGAAACAGAGCAGUACCUAGCCAAUUGCUUUGCCCUAGUUUUUGUCAGGCCCGCAAUCUGGAGGCCACGUACUGCAAGCCUGUGUACGUUGGCCGAGACUGCCAAAUAUCAGCGCCACCAGCUUCCACCUACACCCGAGGCUGUCCAAGCGUGCUACGAGGGGCUGGUAUUUAAGCAGCUUCUCUGCAAAGUCCUGUUCCAUGUAGCCCCCUGGCCUCCCCCCACAACAACACACACACAGAGAGCCCCCCCCCCCCCCCCCCCCCGGUAUUACUCAGCAUCACUGGUGAGCUCAUCCCCUGUUAAAGUGGCCUGGCGUGGGGCCCUCUUUGUGGUGGUCCCUGAUCAUAUCCUCCUCUCUGUGGUGGUCCCUGAUCAUAUCCUCCUCUCUGUGGUGGUCCCUGAUCAUAUCCUCCUCUCUGUGGUGGUCCCUGAUCAUAUCCUCCUCUCUAGGGUGGGCCCUGAUCAUAUCCUCCUCUCUAGGGUGGUCCCUGAUCAUAUCCUCCUCUCUAGGGUGGUCCCUGAUCAUAUCCUCCUCUCUAGGGUGGUCCCUGAUCAUAUCCUCCUCUCUAGGCAUAUCCUCCUCUCUAGGGUGGGCCCUGAUCAUAUCCUCCUCUCUAGGGUGGUCCCUGAUCAUAUCCUCCUCUCUAGGGUGGUCCCUGAUCAUAUCCUCCUCUCUAGGCAUAUCCUCCUCUCUAGGGUGGGCCCUGAUCAUAUCCUCCUCUCUAGGGUGGUCCCUGAUCAUAUCCUCCUCUCUAGGGUGGGCCCUGAUCAUAUCCUCCUCUCUAGGGUGGGGCCUGAUCAUAUCCUCCUCUCUAGGGUGGGCCCUGAUCAUAUCCUCCUCUCUAGGGUGGGCCCUGAUCAUAUCCUCCUCUCUAGGGUGGGCCCUGAUCAUAUCCUCCUCUCUGUGGUGGUCCCUGAUCAUAUCCUCCUCUCUAGGGUGGUCCCUGAUCAUAUCCUCCUCUCUGUGGUGGUCCCUGAUCAUAUCCUCCUCUCUAGGGUGGUCCCUGAUCAUAUCCUCCUCUCUAGGCAUAUCCUCCUCUCUAGGGUGGGCCCUGAUCAUAUCCUCCUCUCUGUGGUGGUCCCUGAUCAUAUCCUCCUCUCUAGGGUGGUCCCUGAUCAUAUCCUCCUCUCUGUGGUGGUCCCUGAUCAUAUUCUCCUCUCUGUGGUGGUCCCUGAUCAUAUCCUCCUCUCUAGGGUGGUCCCUGAUCAUAUCCUCCUCUCUAGGGUGGUCCCUGAUCAUAUCCUCCUCUCUAGGGUGGGCCCUGAUCAUAUCCUCCUCUCUGUGGUGGUCCCUGAUCAUAUCCUCCUCUCUAGGCAUAUCCUCCUCUCUAGGGUGGGCCCUGAUCAUAUCCUCCUCUCUAGGCAUAUCCUCCUCUCUAGGGUGGUCCCUGAUCAUAUCCUCCUCUCUGUGGUGGGACCUGAACAUAUCCUCCUCUCUGUGGUGGUCCCUGAUCAUAUCCUCCUCUCUAGGGUGGGCCCUGAUCAUAUCUCCUCUCUAGGGUGGUCCCUGAUCAUAUCCUCCUCUCUAGGCAUAUCCUCCUCUCUAGGGUGGGCCCUGAUCAUAUCCUCCUCUCUAGGCAUAUCCUCCUCUCUAGGGUGGUCCCUGAUCAUAUCCUCCUCUCUGUGGUGGGACCUGAACAUAUCCUCCUCUCUGUGGUGGGACCUGAUCAUAUCCUCCUCUCUGUGGUGGUCCCUGAUCAUAUCCUCCUCUCUAGGGUGGGCCCUGAUCAUAUCCUCCUCUCUAGGGUGGUCCCUGAUCAUAUCCUCCUCUCUAGGGUGGUCCCUGAUCAUAUCCUCCUCUCUAGGGUGGGCCCUGAUCAUAUCCUCCUCUCUAGGGUGGGCCCUGAUCAUAUCCUCCUCUCUAGGGUGGUCCCUGAUCAUAUCCUCCUCUCUAGGGUGGUCCCUGAUCAUAUCCUCCUCUCUAGGCAUAUCCUCCUCUCUAGGGUGGGCCCUGAUCAUAUCCUCCUCUCUAGGGUGGUCCCUGAUCAUAUCCUCCUCUCUAGGGUGGUCCCUGAUCAUAUCCUCCUCUCUAGGCAUAUCCUCCUCUCUAGGGUGGGCCCUGAUCAUAUCCUCCUCUCUAGGGUGGUCCCUGAUCAUAUCCUCCUCUCUAGGGUGGGCCCUGAUCAUAUCCUCCUCUCUAGGGUGGGGCCUGAUCAUAUCCUCCUCUCUAUGGUGGGCCCUGAUCAUAUCCUCCUCUCUAGGGUGGGCCCUGAUCAUAUCCUCCUCUCUAGGGUGGGCCCUGAUCAUAUCCUCCUCUCUGUGGUGGUCCCUGAUCAUAUCCUCCUCUCUAGGGUGGUCCCUGAUCAUAUCCUCCUCUCUGUGGUGGUCCCUGAUCAUAUCCUCCUCUCUAGGGUGGUCCCUGAUCAUAUCCUCCUCUCUAGGCAUAUCCUCCUCUCUAGGGUGGGCCCUGAUCAUAUCCUCCUCUCUGUGGUGGUCCCUGAUCAUAUCCUCCUCUCUAGGGUGGUCCCUGAUCAUAUCCUCCUCUCUGUGGUGGUCCCUGAUCAUAUUCUCCUCUCUGUGGUGGUCCCUGAUCAUAUCCUCCUCUCUAGGGUGGUCCCUGAUCAUAUCCUCCUCUCUAGGGUGGUCCCUGAUCAUAUCCUCCUCUCUAGGGUGGGCCCUGAUCAUAUCCUCCUCUCUGUGGUGGUCCCUAAUCAUAUCCUCCUCUCUAGGCAUAUCCUCCUCUCUAGGGUGGGCCCUGAUCAUAUCCUCCUCUCUAGGCAUAUCCUCCUCUCUAGGGUGGUCCCUGAUCAUAUCCUCCUCUCUGUGGUGGGACCUAAACAUAUCCUCCUCUCUGUGGUGGUCCCUGAUCAUAUCCUCCUCUCUAGGGUGGGCACUGAUCAUAUCUCCUCUCUAGGGUGGUCCCUGAUCAUAUCCUCCUCUCUAGGCAUAUCCUCCUCUCUAGGGUGGGCCCUGAUCAUAUCCUCCUCUCUAGGCAUAUCCUCCUCUCUAGGGUGAUCCCUGAUCAUAUCCUCCUCUCUGUGGUGGGACCUGAACAUAUCCUCCUCUCUGUGGUGGGACCUGAUCAUAUCCUCCUCUCUGUGGUGGUCCCUGAUCAUAUCCUCCUCUCUAGGGUGGGCCCUGAUCAUAUCUCCUCUCUAGGGUGGUCCCUGAUCAUAUCCUCCUCUCUAGGCAUAUCCUCCUCUCUAGGGUGGGCCCUGAUCAUAUCCUCCUCUCUAGGCAUAUCCUCCUCUCUAGGGUGAUCCCUGAUCAUAUCCUCCUCUCUGUGGUGGGACCUGAACAUAUCCUCCUCUCUGUGGUGGGACCUGAUCAUAUCCUCCUCUCUGUGGUGGUCCCUGAUCAUAUCCUCCUCUCUAGGGUGGGCCCUGAUCAUAUCCUCCUCUCUAGGGUGGUCCCUGAUCAUAUCCUCCUCUCUAGGGUGUUCCCUGAUCAUAUCCUCCUCUCUAGGGUGGUCCCUGAUCAUAUCCUCCUCUCUGUGGUGGGACCUGAUCAUAUCCUCCUCUCUGUGGUGGGACCUGAACAUAGCCUUGCUGCCUCAGCCCUCUCAUAGGACCAGUGACGUGCAGCCCUAACUCUUCAACACACACUCACUUAGAUUUUCCAUAGAACUGCUCAAAGCCUUUUUACCCACUUCAGUUUUUCAUAGAUACUGUGUAUUUAUACAUUCAGGACAGGCCACCUAAACAGUUGAACAGCUACUUCAAUAGGUGGCACACUCAUGCAGUAAUAACAUGAAGACCGACAAGUCUUCAAACCUAGGAUUUCAGUUGCUUUCCCUCUCCACUCACUUUGCAUGUGUGUUCUAAUGGAUAUAUAAAUAGCUAUACAUUUACCAUUAUCUCUCUCCCUGCCUCUGUGUGGUGUGUAUGUAUGUCUGUCUGUCUGAUCCCUGUCUGGGUAUGUUCCUACUCCUCCUCCUCUUCCUCCACUCCAUCCCUCCUCCCUUCCCCCGACCGCUCUGGAACGUCACAUUAGUCAGUGAAUGUAGGGAGUUAUGCCCUUCUCUCUCUCUCUCUCUCUCUCCUCUCUCUCUCUCUCCUCUCUCUCUCUCUCUCUCCUCUCUCUCUCCUCUCCUCGCUCUCUCUCUCUCGUCCUCCCUCCUCUCUCUCUCCUCGUCUCUCUCUCUCCUCUUCGCUCUCGCUCGCCUCCUCUCUCUCCUCUCCUCUCUCUCUCUCCCUCCUCUCUCCUCCCUCCUGUCUCCUCUCUUCUCUCUCUCUCUCUCGCUCUCUCUCUCUCUCUCUCUCUAAUCACAGGGCUUUUGCCCUCAUAAACGCUACUGAGAGAAACGUUCACUUGGAAGUCUGACUGGAGUGACCGUGCAAGGCGUGGCAUUCGUGCCCCUGUUCAACUGUUCAGACUGCACGUGAUGCAGAGGAGGGGAUUCUGAAAAGUUGUCCAGAGGUGGUUCAAGCUGAUUCUCAAUAGUUUUUUCCCCUCUAGUUUUAUAUGCAGUAUGUAGAUGGUGUAUAUUAUACAUCUUUAAUCCUUUGAAUAAUACUGCAUAUUUAACAAUGAUCUGCGGCCCCAAAGAUAAAGAAUGAGAGAAUGUUUAGAUGUCCUGCAUGACAGGAUUCUUGGAUCCAUUCUGGGACCUAGCUAGCCUAGGUCUUUUGUGUUGGGUGAGAACAGCUAACAUGUAAUCUACAGUUUGAGCUUCAUUGACUCAACUGCAAAUGUUUGUCUUAGAGCUGUUUAAUGAUUGGCUGAUGGAAGUGGCCUGGCAGUGAGUGGCACACCCAGUUUGUAACUCUUUGGUCAACCACUUUUCAGCCUAAAAAAUCUAGUAUUAUUUGAUAAAAAGCCGUUUGACCCAUCCCUAGAGGUACAUUUUCUGCUUUUGCAGACAGACAAAGGUGUCUAGUUGUACCAGAGCCCCUGUAGCUUAUCCCCCCUGGGAAAAGGAAUCCUUCAGUACCCUCUCUCCCUCUCCCCCCUCUCUGUGUGCUUCCCGGUCCCAAAGCCCCAUGAAAGGGGCCGUUUGUGUCCUGAAACCUUCAGGACUUUCAUUCCAGGGGAGACAACGCAGUCAGAGGCACUCUCGCAUUUCAGGCCUUACCAGUCAGUGCUUGUUGUGCUAAAAUACAAUUUGGAGAGAACUCCACCUGAAUCAAAGUCAUUAAUCUGCUGCAACCCCGGAAGGUUAGCCCAGAUUCGUAUUAGGUGUCGGCUAAGUAAGUGCUGGGGCGCUUGAUUUUAUGUUAACCUUGGCCACUGCUUAUCGGAUAGGAAUGGGUUUGGCCGGAGUGCCUGCUGUGUGUGUGUGUGUGUGGUGUUCACUCAAGCUGCUUCACCCAGCCAGCUAAGCACCCCACAUGAUGAUUGGGUGGGGAAUCUGGCAGCAGUACAAACAGAACAUGGCCUGGCGACUGGUGAGAGUUUCCCAUCCUAAAUUACAUUUCUGGUCUAUAGACUCUCUAUAACCCAUAAUAUAUCACUUAAAGGGACUGUUUUCCCGGAAACAGAAUAACCCUAGUCCUGAACUAAAAAUAAUUCUCGAUGGAAAUGUUCCAUUGGAAGCGCUUUUUAGUCUAGUGGUAGACUUAUUUUGUGUCUGGGAAACCUACCCAUAGGGUUUGUCCGAAUUUGACACCCUAGUCCCUAUAGUUAACACCUUUUGACCAGAAGUAGUCUCUGGUCGUUCGCGGUUGCGCUCCGAAGUCAGCGGAAAAGAGCAUCUCUUCUUACAGCAACAAGUGAUUCCCAGAUCUGUAAUCGACUACUCUUCCCUCUCUCUACACUAAUCUCGUAUUGAUGGGGGAAUAAAAUCGAUACAGUUAUAUAUCAGGAUAUUCUUUUUUACGAUAUAUCAUAUCUUAUCAUUUUGACAAUAGCGCAACAUUAUUUUUGGGCUAGUUGUCUGCACCUGCACCAAAAGCUUGUUCUCCAUCUUCUUUUUAAAUAGGGAGCCAAUUUGUUUUUAGCACUUUCAGUUUCAUGACUGAUCAAAACUUGUUUUCUCAUGUCUCUCUCUUGUCCCUCUGCUGCUGACAUAUGGUGAGCAAUAUGUUUGGAACGCCGAAAAUGCAAUAAAAUGACAGUAUCGAAUCGCAAUACAUAUAGAAUCAUGAGAAUCGCAAUACAUAUAGAAUCAUGAGAAUCGCAAUACAUAUCAUAUCGGCACCUAAGUAUGGUGAUAAUAUCGGUUUGUGAGGUCCCUGGCAAUCCCCAGCCCUAUCAUUUCCUAAUGUUCCAAUGUGUUGUAAAGAAGCCAGUCUUACAGACAGUACACACUAGUCAUUCACUAUUAGGGUUCCUCCUCAGAAGUCAAGCAAUAGAGGCAUAGUGUUGGGGAGUAGACCGGUGUUGGGGAGUAGUGAACUAUAUGUAGUAAUUUAAUAACAUUUUGCAGUAGCUUGGUGGUAGUUGAACUAAAUUAUAAUAUUGGUAGUGUUUUCAGUAGUUAAUAACUUUUUUGCCAUGUGGAGGUGUAGCUAACUACUGGAACUACACACAACUUUUUUUGGCAAAAAUAAGAGAAAAUAUAGGUAGGAUGCCCAGCACUGAGAGGGUUGAGAGGAGGAUCAGAUGGAGCGGAUAGAUCUAGGAGGAUGAGAACAGAGGAGAGAGAGUCAGCUUUGGCAGUGCGGAGAGCCUCCGUGACACAUAGGAGAGCAUUCUCUGUUGAGUGACCCGUCUUGAAGCCUGACUGGUUAGGGUCAAGAAGAUUGUCCUGAGAGAGAUAACGAGGAAGUUGGUCAAAGACAGAACGCUCAAGUGUUUUUGGAAAUUAAAGGAAGAAGGGAUACCAGUCAGAGAGGUUGAGUGUUGUUUUUUGAGGAGGGGAGCGACUAGCCAUUUUGAAGUCAGAGGGGAUGCAGCCAGUGGUCAAGGAUGAGUUGAUGAGGGAAGUGAGGAAUGGGAGAAGGUCUCCAGAGCUGGUCUGGAGAAGGGAGGAGGGGUUUGGAGUCGAGUGGGCAGAUUGUCAGGGGACCGGACCUCACACAUAAUUUCAACUCGAGAGCGAGGGGAGAAAGAGGUCAAGGCGUAGGGUAGUUAUGUGUGAGUGGGACCAGUGGACUCAAUAGGCUAAUUGAGUGAGGAGCGGAUGUCGUCAACCUUCUUUUCAAAGUGGUUAACAAAGUCGUCCUCAGAGAGGGUGGAGGAAGUGUGUGUAUGGAUGUAUGUGUAUGUGUGUGUGUGUGUGUGUGUGUAUAUAUAUAUAUAUAUAUAUAUAUAUAUAUAUAUAUAUAUAUAUAUAUAUAUAUAUAUAUAUAUAUAUAUAUAUAUAUAAUAUACAUAUUUACGAGAAAAAAAACAUAUGGGGGAUUGGAAGUGAUGCAGACAAUUACAUUGAUGGAAGUUACAAUCUAUCUGAAAUAUUAAAGCUGAUCUACCCCCUAAAAAAAAAAAAAAAAAAAAAGUCGACCUCAGAGAGGGAGGAGGGAGGGGGAGGGGUGGAUGAUUAAGGCGGGAGGAGAAGGUGGAAAAGAGUUUCCUAGGGCAGCUACUCUUCCUGGGGUCCACACAAAACAUAAAACAUGACAUAAUACAGAACAUUAAUAGACAACAACAGCUCAAGGAUUACAUACAUUUAAAAUGUCCCACGUAGCCUACAUAUCAGUAUGUACACAAAAUAUCUAGGUCAAAUAGGGGAGAGGCAUUGUGCCAUGAGGUGUUGCUUUAUCUGUUGAAACCAGGUUUGUUGUUCCCUUGAGCAAUCUGAGAUGGAAGGGAGGUCCAUGCUGCAAUCAUGGCUCUAUAUAAUACUGUACGUUUUCUUGAAUUUGUUCUGGAUUUGGGGACUGUGAAAAGACCCCUGGUGGCAUGUCUGGUGGGGUAAGUGUGUGUGUCAGAUCUGUGUGUAGGUUGACUAUGCAAACUAUUUGGAACACAUUGUAUCUUAUAAAAAGAAGUGAUGCAGACAGUCUCUUCUCUACUUUUAGGCAAGAGAAACUGGCAUGAUAUUAGCCGUCUGAUUACAGGGAAGAGCUAGAUGUGCCACUCUGUUUUGGACCAGUUGCAGUUUAACUAGGUCUUUCUUUGCAGUGCCUGACCAUAUGACUGGGCAAUAAUCAAGAUAGGAUAAAACUAGAGCCUGCAGCCUGUGGUGUCAAAAAAGCAGAGCAUCUCUUUAUUACGGACAGACCUCUCCCCAUCUUUACAACCAUUGAAUCAAUAUGUUUUGACCAUGACAGUUUACAAUCCAUGGUAGCACCAAGUAAUUUAGUCUCCUCAACUUGCUCAACAGCCACAUUAUUCAUUAUCAGAUUCAGCUAAGGUCUAGAAUUUAGGGAAUGAUUUGUACCAAAUACAAUGCUCUUAGUUUUAGAGACUGCAACUCUUUGUUUAGGAUUACAGUGAUUUCACUUGCUGUGGUUGCAUAUAGGGUUGAAUCAUCAGCAUACAUAGACAUACAGGCUUUGUUUAAUGCCAGUGGCAGGUCAUUAGUAAAAAUAGAAAGUAGCUUUAGCAGUGGAUACAGAGGAAGAGAAGGGAGUGAAAGGAUGAUAGGUCCUCCGGAAGUUUAGUUUUCCUCCAAGACAUCACAGAUCUAGGCUAGAAGGAGCCAGCAUGUAUGUCCGGGGCUGGGAAAGGCGUAAUCCUAUGAGGCCUGGCCAGAUUAAGCCUGGUACCUGAGUAUGUCAUUCCGGGCCGUGUCAACAUAAAGCCACAGGGCUCAAAGGCCUGUUUAUAGAAGACGCUAUGCUCUGCUUGUGAUCAUGCAGCACUGGUGGUACAAUCUAGUUUAUUUUGCACAAAUGACUUCAUUGUUUUUUACGUUGUGAAUGAAUUAUGGUUUGAGUGGUUUCGGUUGACUACUUUCCCGAAUGUUACCUCAUCUCUGUGAAAAAUAAUCUUGUGGUUUGAUGAUAAAAGCAAGUUCUGUAUUCCAAGAUGUUCUUGGAUGUGUACACUACUGCUGUGUGGCAGUUGUGUAAGCUAGUGGGUUUAAUAUAUAGAGGUACUAAACAUUGUUUACUUAUCAAUUCAUUUAGGCCUGGAGAUCUGCUCACAUAACUUGAGUUUUCACUCAAAUCUUCCAUUGACAUCAAUGCAUGAUUUAUGCAAUCAUCAAGAAGUGCUCAGAUCUCAAGUUAGGAUCCUGCCUUCACAGUGUAUCCUAUUUGUUUGUGUUUGGUAGGUAGAGUUUGUGUCUCUAGUAAGUGUCUUACUGACAGAGUUGAUUCAUGGUACUGUCUCUUUCUCGUCCACAGGUGGUGAAGACCAUCGGCUUGAGGGAAGUCUGGUACUCUGGUCUUCAGUAUGUGGACGGUAAAGGAUACCUCACCUGGCUGAAGCUUGACAAAAAGGUAAGGUUCAUCUAGGACUGACAAUGUUGUUUUUUUUUUUUUUUUUUUUGGGGGGGGGGUGGAUCAGCUUAAUAUUGCAGAUAGAUUGUAUCUUCUAUCAAUGUAAUUGUCUGCAUCACUUCCAAUCCCCCAUGUUUUUUAUAUAUAUAUACUCCCCUUUAUUACUUUUCAACCCCACCAUCCUUUCCCUACUUGGAGUAAAUUAGUGAACAACAAUGCCCAGGCCUCUACUUCCGGUCUAUACUUACUAUCUACACCUUAUGGACAGAGUUAAUUUUACAAUAAUUAUAUAUAUAUAUAUAUAUAUUUUUUUUUUUUGCUCCUGAACUUCUUCUACUCUCAACCUCUCCGAUCAUUUUCAUGAUGUCCAUCCGGUUUGCUUCUACAUGCCAUAUCUUUCUAACUGUGCUCUUUCCCAAAAGCUCCCAACAUACAACCUAUAUACUUAUUAUGGACACAGUAUGCUUACAUUAUUAGCUAUCUUUGUUAUUAUUUGUUGUUAUUUGUUAUUAGUCCCAUCCUUCAACUCUAUUCAAUAGGACUGACAAUGUUACAAGUCCCCUGUAUUUUGCCUGAUGUAGUACCGUGUACAAAUAUUUGUUAAUAUCUGCUAAGGCAUUCUCAAACCAUUUCCCGCUCUAUUCUUAAACCGCUGGACUUCCGCAUAUUUUUUGGCAUAACCAUUCUACAAUCAACAAAAUAAAAUAGACCAUACAAAAAGAGCACAUUCUUUUAAAGGCGGGGUCAAAUCACUCGACAUUAUAUUUGCUUACCACUCACUCAAUCAAUCAGUAGCCACUCACUCACUGCAUUAUUGAAUUCACAUAAUGCAUUGGGGCUGGCGAAUGGCCACCCUCUCUCACUCCUGUGCAGGCCGGUGGCUAAUUCUGAAUCUCCCUUCUUUUAUUUUCACAUCCUGUCAGUGACUGUCUGAAAAUGCACCCUAUUCCCUAUAUAGUGUACUACUUUUGACCAGGGCCCAUAAGGAGCCCCACAGGGCUCGGGUCAAAAGUUGUGCACUAUAUAGGGAAUAGGGUGCCAUUUGUGACGCAAGCAAUCUCCAGUCAAAUCCACACCAAUGAAAUUCCUGUGCAGCCAGUAGUGUGAACUCUUAGUGAACCACUAGAUACUAAAAUACUAGUUCUACUUCAUUCUUGCUGUUGUUACUGAGCAAACAAAAAUGUCACACUGCUCUGUCUUCAUUAACUUGUAGACCCUGUAGACUCUGUACUGACAGUAUAGCUACGGUAUAGUUAUAGUAUAGUUAUAGUAUAGUUACAGUAUAGUUACAUUAUAGCUAAAACACAUCCACCUGUGUCUGUGGAAUAGAGUUGAGCCUGUGUCAAUGUGCAGAAUUUCCAAAUGCGUCAGAUGGUUAUCACCAGAGCUGUAUAUACACGUUGCGCACUGUAUGUAUAAAAUGGCUCUGGUUAUCACAUCAUGGAGGUCACACAAACCCACCAACCCCACCUUACAUUAUUUGGUUUGGGCUGAUUUAUAUUGCACGGAUAGUAAACCGUUUCCUUUUGCUAUAUUAGCAUUACGGCCCAAUGUGAGGAGAUAGACUAUUAGCAUUACGGCCCAAUGUGAGGAGAUAGACUAUUAGCAUUACGGCCCAAUGUGAGGAGAUAGACUAUUAGCAUUACGGCCCAAUGUGAGGAGAUAGACUAUUAGCAUUAGUGUAAAUGUAGUGAUGUUAUAGGGCUAGUAGAGUAGCUUUACUUAGUUUACAGUGAAAGGUGUAUAAAGGUGUUAGGCCGGUUGUGGGUUCACAAGGACAUUUGAAGUACAGAUUGACUGAGGACACAGGACAGUGGGGUGCUUACUAGAGCUGGGCAAUAUUGGGAAAAAAAUGCAUUAAUUUAUGCGAUAUCGAUAAAUAGAACAAUACAUUUAUAACAUUAAUGCACCACAGUCUUUUUGAAAUUAUACUUAAACUACUACUAAUAUUUUGGUGGUUGUAGACAUCAAUUGUCCCAUUAACAAUUCCCCAUAUUAGCAAAUGUAUUUCAUUUCAAACUUCACAUUUCUCUAGUAUAUGCUACUUAUAGUAAUAAACGAUAUCAGAAAAAUGCCUGCGAUAAGUGAUCGGAAUGGUCAGUGUUGAUCAUUUUCAGUUUAUUGUACCAGCUCUAGCACUUACAGUAGAAUUUUAUAAUUUUCUGACAACCCAGUGGUGAGAGAGCGAGCGAGAGAGACAGAGACAGAGACAGACACAGAGACAGAGACAGACACAGAGACAGACACAGAGACAGACACAGAGACAGACACAGAGACAGACACAGAGACAGAGACAGAGACAGAGACAGAGACAGACAGAGACACAGAGACAGACACAGAGAGAGACAGAGUGACACAGAGAGAGAGACAGAGACAGAGACAGAGACUUGUUGGUCUUGCUUCCCUUCAUGCAGGCUGGCCAGGCCAGUUGAAAAGCUGUGUGCUGACUGUGCUGCUCUAUCAGCACAAUGCUCUAAUGGGAAUAUUCCAGUCGUUUCACACACCCACCCCAUUCGCCUCAUCAAUACCUUGUAGUUCCUGUUUUGGAGCCAACACAGAAGAUGAGGCCAAUGUCAGUAAACAACACAGAGGAUCAUUCAAGUUUUAUCAGUACCAUGCAUUUUACACAUCCCUCUUUUACAGAGGAAUAUGACAGUGCAUUUUUUUUAUGCAGCACUGUGCGUCCAAGACAAUUUAAGCCCCCGGGAACAAUAAAGUUGAUCCAAUCCUAUCAUUCUUUGCUAAUCAUGAAACUAGUAGACAUAGGGCUACAUCCCAAAUGGCACCCUAUUCCCUAAUACAGUGCACCAUAGGGCUCUGGUCAAAAGUAGUGCACUAUAUAGGGAAUAGGGUGCCAUUUGGGAUGUAGCCCUAUGUCUACUAGUUUCAUGAUUAGCAAAGAAUGAUAGGAUUGGAUCAACUUUAUUGGGUGCCAUUUGGGACGGAGAUCCUCUUGAAGGACAUUGGGACAAUAAAUGCGUCAAUCAUCAAUCAAUGAAUCAAUCAAUGAUCAAUCAAUCGUCUCUCUCCAACCAGGUGUCGUCCCAGGACGUGAAGAAGGAGAACCCGCUGCAGUUCAAGUUCCGCGCCAAGUUCUUCCCCGAGGACGUGUCUGAGGAGCUCAUCCAGGACAUCACCCAGAAGCUGUUCUUCAUGCAGGUAACACACACACACACACACACACGCACACACACACACACACACACGCAUACACACACACACACACACGCAUACACAUACACACACACACACACCACGCACACACACGCACACACACUGUCAUACUAUUCUUUGUACUCACAAUGCUUCAUUGCUGAUACAAACAAAGUUGUUAAGUGUGUGUGUGUGUGUCCAGGUGAAGGAGGGCAUCCUGAGCGAUGAGGUGUACUGUCCCCCGGAGACGGCCGUGCUGCUGGCCUCAUACUCCGUCCAAGCCAAGUUCGGAGACUAUACCCGGGACCUCCACCGGCCCGGCUACCUCACCUCAGACCGUCUCCUGCCCCAGCGGUGAGCGUCGAUCCACUCCCAGCCCACACUAGGGGUGCAUCCCAAAUGGCACCCUAUUCCCUAUGCGGAGCACUACUUUAGACCAGAGUCCUAUAGGUCCUGGUCAAAAGUAGUGCACCAUAGGACUCUGGUCAAAAGUAGUGCUCUACAUAGGGAAUAUGGUGCCAUUUAGGACACAACCGAGACAACUUUUCCAAUAGCCACAGUAGCAUGAAGCACACUCCUUGCUUCAUGUCGAUGUAUUGGGGAUGCAUUCUAAGUGGUAUGCUAGUAUCGACAUUGGAACAUAGGAAGCCAGGAGUACAGAUACUAGACAAUAGCUAAGUGUGAUACUGUUAUAAACCGGAACAGGAUGAAGUUUUGUGUACACGUAUGUACAUAAACACAAAAAAAUCAAUGUCAUGAGAAACCCAAUAUUGAUCAUAACAUGAGUACCCUUUAUUCAGUGUAUCUUCUCUCUGUGUACACUCUCUUCUGUUCCUCCUCCUCCCUCCUCCUCUUUUCCCUUUUUGUCCUCAUCCUCAUCUUCUCCUCCUCAUCUUCCUCCUCUUCCUCCUCUCCUCCUCAUCUUCAUCCUCUUCCUCCUCCUCCUCCUCCUCCUCCUCCUCCUCUGUAGGGUUCUGGAGCAGCACAAGCUGUCCAGGGAGCAGUGGGAGGAGAGGAUCCAGGUGUGGCAUGAGGAACACCGUGGAAUGCUCAAGUGAGUUCCUGUCUGUUUUGGUUUGUAUGAGUCUCUGUGUUGCUGUCCCUGUCAUAAGGAAACAGGUCAAUUGCAUUAUUUGCUGUACCUCAGAAAGCAAUUUACAAGUAAUAGAGUGGAUAGUGUCUUGUAGAGCAGAUGAAUAAAUAUUAAAUAAAUAGCACAGCAGCGUUGACUGUGUGUGUGUGUGUGUGUGUGUUUGUGUUUGUGUGUGUGUGGAGAGUCAAAUCAAUCCUAAACCAUUCCUUCAUUUGUCCAUGUUUGAUCCUGCAGGGAGGAUGCCAUGCUGGAGUACCUGAAGAUCGCCCAGGACCUGGAGAUGUACGGAGUCAACUACUUUGACAUCAAGAACAAGAAGGGGACCGAGCUGUGGCUGGGAGUGGACGCCCUGGGACUGAACAUCUACGAGAAGGAGGACAAGUAAGAAACAACAUGGGGGAUUGGAAGUGAUGCAGACAAUUACAUUGAUGAAGUUACAAUCUAUCUGCAAUAUUAAGCUGAUCUACCCCUAAAAACAUUAAUAAUAAUAAUAAUAAUAAUAAUUAAGAAACAACUGCCUCCAGAGUCCUGUUCAGUAGGUCACACCGGAGCAAAAUGUUUUGCAAAGAAAAAUGUAAAUGUCCAGGUAGUCCCGCCCCAUUUCAGUCUGUUUCAAAACGUUUAUUCCCUACUGGACACCACCCAUGUUCCCUCUCUGAACUGACCACUAGGGGGUCAAUUCAUGCAAAACUUGGUUGAACUACGAUUCAAUUGAUGCUGCCGGUUGGGCAAGGUUUACACUUCUGGGUCUAUUCCAUUGAUUCCAUUGAGCCAGGCAAGCUCAAUCAAACACAGCUAAAGUAUUUGAAAUAUUUAAAAUACUGUUUGAACCCAGGUCUAAAGUCAUGUAGUCUAUCUACCCAUUCUGGUUCUGCUUGUCAACGAUACCGGUUUGUUUUCCGGCCUUCGCUACAGUUCUGUGUCAGACAUUGAAGCCUAAUUCCAAUGGAUUUGACUAUUGGAACCGUCCAGGUUAACCCACGUCUUUAGUUAAUCAGUACCAAUGAAGAUUAUUCUCAACAGACAGUUACCACAACUCUAUUCCCUUCCACUCUCUCUAUCUUUUGAUGAGCUUCUACUGUGUCUUCAUACCCAAGGUUGCUCUGUGGAUCUGUGAUCCACCAAACACUUUGCUGAAGCUCAAAAGUACAAUAUUUUACGAGAUUGCUCGAGCGACACAAGCGGUAACUGCGUGAUUAUGUGUUAACUACUUGUUCCCGGUGAGGUCACUAAAGUUAAUGGGUUAAAGUAGAUUGUGACAUAAUAUUCCAGAGUUCCAGAUGGACGCAGACAGACAUGGCAGCUCUGCUUCUAGCUCCUAAGCAACUUUGCACUCGUCCUAAUAUUUAUAUAUUUCUUAAUUUCAUUCUUUUACUUUUAGAUUUGUGUGUAUUGUUGUGAAUUGUUAGAUACUACUGCACUGUUGGAGCUAGGAACACAAGCAUUUUGCUACACCCACAAUAACAUCUGCUAAAUAUGUGUAUGUGACCAAUCAAAUAUACAGUCGAUGGCCCUGCAGUCACUGACCCUCUGGCAGAGGGUUCAAAUAGUAUUUGUUUAUUUUCAAAUACUUUGAGUGUUUGAGUGAGCCUGCCCAAAGUGCUAGAUGGGUGGGGUUUGCACUUUGCACUUUUGGGACUACUCCACUCAAUCAAGCACAGCUAAAAGCACUGAAAAGUAUGUCUGGAAGACAUGCCAAAGUAGUGUUUUGAGUGCAGUGCACUAACCUCUUGCUGGGUUGUGUUGUUGACAACGGCCGUUGCUCCCUCCCUAGAGCUCCAUGCACUGUUUAAACUCUCCAUGCCAAAAGUCUAUUGAAAGCAGUGUGGUCCUAGGCCCCCCAAAAGACUGUCUGGCCACAGAUGGUAAUGCUGUAACUUGAGUAGCCACAGACGGUAAUGCUGUAACUCUGUAACUUGAGUGACCACAGAUGGUAAUGCUGUAACUUGAGUGGCCACAGAUGGUAAUGCUGUAACUCUGUAACUUUAGUGGCUACAGAUGGUAAUGCUGUAACUCUGUAACUUGAGUGGCCACAGAUGGUAAUGCUGUAACUCUGUAACUUGAGUGGCCACAGAUGGUAGUGCUGUAACUCUGUAACUUGAGUGGCUACAGAUGGUAAUGCUGUAACUCUGUAACUUGAGUGGCCACAGAUGGUAAUGCUGUAACUCUGUAACUUGAGUGGCUACAGAUGGUUAUGCUGUAACUCUGUAACUUGAGUGGCCACAGAUGGUAAUGCUGUAACUCUGUAACUUGAGUGGCCACAGAUGGUAAUGCUGUAACUCUGUAACUUGAGUGGCUACAGAUGGUAAUGCUGUAACUCUGUAACUUGAGUGGCUACAGAUGGUAGUGCUGUAACUCUGUAACUUGAGUGGCUACAGAUGGUAAUGCUGUAACUCUGUAACUUGAGUGGCCACAGAUGGUAAUGCUGUAACUCUGUAACUUGAGUGGCUACAGAUGGUUAUGCUGUAACUCUGUAACUUGAGUGGCCACAGAUGGUAAUGCUGUAACUCUGUAACUUGAGUGGCCACAGAUGGUAAUGCUGUAACUCUGUAACUUGAGUGGCUACAGAUGGUAAUGCUGUAACUCUGUAACUUGAGUGGCUACAGAUGGUAAUGCUGUAACUCUGUAUCUUGAGUGGCUACAGAUGGUAAUGCUGUAACUCUGUAACUUGAGUGGCUACAGAUGGUAAUGCUGUAACUCUGUAACUUGAGUGGCUACAGAUGGUAAUGCUGUAACUCUGUAACUUGGAUUUUUUGGGAUUCCCCAUUGUCUUACUCUCUACCCACAUUAUUGUGGCUUGUGUCCAAAUUGUCUGGGGGUUUUAUAUUUAGCUUUAAAUCCACACAAAGCACAAAUUGAUGAGUGUUCCAUCAAAGUGUUUAUUUACAGAAACUAUUGUUCCAUAGAAUGGCUUUAAAGUUAAUCUAACGCUCUUAUUUUAAUUUAGUAGUCUGGUACCUGUAAAUCUGGCGAACCAAAGAGAAGAGAGAGACACUCAAACACAGGGCUUUGCGUGUGUCUGUAGGGUUCUUAGUGUCCUUGAGGGUGUGUGUGUGUGUGUGUGCGCGUGUGCGUGCAUGUGUGUGUUUGUGCACUCUUGGCCUCGGCUGUAACCAUGACUGGUUUUUCAAGCUGUGCGGUUCUGAAGAAUGAGAAACUGACUUAGAGCGCAGGCCCCGCGACGAGAGUUCCAGGCCACAGACAAUAUGCAGCACUACUACUACCAAGGCCUCUCUCUCACACACACACACACACACACACACACACACACACACACACACACACACACACACACACACACACACACACAUACCACACACACAUACACACACACACAUACACACAACACACAUACACACCACACAUACACACACACACACACACACAUACACAUACACAUACACACAUACACACACACACACAUACACACACACACAUACACACACACACGUACACACACACACACACACACAGCAUUGCUCCUUUUUGUGUCAGUUAUGACCAUUCUGCCACGGUUUUAGUCCUUAGGCCCUUUGUCAAACAAACACACACCCUCAUUCAGCACAAGACAUAUAGCUAGCUUUCAGGACAUGAUUCCAUUUGGACCCUAUACCACACCACUGGGACCUUUUAGUUUGGAGAAAAUAGGAUGUCCUAUAUUGUCCCUGAUUGCUGUAUAAAUCCAUACAAAUGCAUGUUUGAGUUUCUAUGAGAUUCUAUAUAACCCGGAACACACCAUAUAAUCUUUAGAAUGGGCUAAGAGCCUCUGACCCUGGCAAUGUGACUGGUGAACUCAUUGUUCUUCUAUGGAACAUACCUCUGUUCAACCUCUGUGGGUACUGUGGAUAACAGUCGUUAGGGGUCAUUGGGAGGGGCUACCGUAUACAAAAUCUAAUCUAGCACUUAGACAUGCCUCUAAAUAAGACCUUGUCUCUGUCCUCCUCUAUCUGAUCCUCGUCUACCACAAACAGGAUAACCAGGUUCCUAAAGUUAACGCCCAGAGAGACAAUGCUAAUCUCUCCAAAAGACACAGCCAAGCACUCGAGAUCCUAACUCAAUCUGGUGCAUGGUGCAUGUCAGCAGUUAUGUUUUCAAGAUAGAGCACUUUCGGUACAGAGCAAAAACUGUAACAAUGCUCACUAACAUUGAUGCUAAAAUACCCUGUAGAGUUCAGGUUGGGAUCCCUAUGAAAAGCUUGUGAAAGAGCAAACUGCUCAGAUAACCUCUAGCCUGGUACCAGAUCUGUUUGUACAACACGUGACAAAACAUGACAUAGGUGCUAGUAAGACGGCACAAACAGAUCUGGGAUUCCUUAAGUGUAUGUCACCCAGCGUCUGUAAUUGAUUGAAAUACCAGUUCAGGCAGCAGCAGGGUUUCACAGUGUGUCACUGUGUGUCACUGUAAGGUGGAUCAGACAAGGUGUGUGUGUGUGUCUGUGCGUGUGUGUCUGUAAAGUACCAAAUUAGAUUGGCAUCCAGUCAAUGUGUUUCUCUCUAGUACACAAUGGACGAGCCUCGCCCGAGAUUCCUCCCAACUAGCCCUAUUGAUACAGAGGCCAACAUGUACAAUACAGUAAUACACACGGUCCUGCCUCAGACAUGGAUGAAUCAUCUCCUAUUUGCACUUGUUUCCUACCACAUCCCAGGAUGCGUAACCAAUGGCAUAGACCUAUGGCGCCCUGGUCAAAAGUAGUGCACUAUAUAAGGAAUAAGGUGCCUCAGUGUUUCUCCUAACAUUGUAUGGGUGGGGCAGGCCCAGCCACCUAGCUCUGAUCCGCCUGCCUAAAAUCAUUUCCAUUGAAAGAUUUGGCUACAAUAACCCUGGAUUGUGAUUUGUAAAAUAAUCUGGAAUAAAUCUAUGGAAAAUGUACACUGUAAUGUCCACUAUUAAGCCAUGUAAAUAUUUGUCCUGGAGGCAGCGCUGAGUGAUUUCCAUUAGAUGGGCCAGCUGCAAAGUCAAAAUUGGCUAUAUAUCGUAAAAAUUCAUGAAAACAAACAUUUGCUUUUUGGUCUUAAUUUAAGGUUAGGGUUAGGCAUAAGGUUAGCAGUGUGGUUAAUGUUAAGGGUUAAGGUGAGGGUUAGGUUUAAAAUGAUAUUUUAUGACUUUGUGGCUGUGCUAGCUAGUGACUACUCUGCAGAGCUGCCUCCAGUACAUGAGUCAUCCCAAUAAAAGCCAACCUGCUUAAAGCACAUGCGGCCUACACAAUACUUACACUGGUUUGCCUCCUCCCCCACCAGACUGACCCCAAAGAUCGGCUUCCCUUGGAGCGAGAUCAGGAACAUCUCCUUCAACGACAAGAAGUUCAUCAUCAAACCCAUCGACAAGAAGGCCCCGGUGAGUUAAACACUGUACACUGAGUGUACAAAACAUUAGGAGACAGGUUACCGUAAUUUUCAGACUAUAAGCCGCGCCUUUUUUCCAAAUUUUCGACCCUGCGGCUUAUAUAACGGUGCCGCUAAUCUAUGGAUUUUUACAGCUAACGGCCACUAGAAGACCUCCUAAAUCUAUGGAUUUUACAGGUUACAGUCCACCAACUUUAACUCUAUGGGCUCUAUGACCGGUCCGCGCCCCCCACCUUUAAGCGAACGAAUUGAGGCUGUUAUGAGGGCAAAAGGGGAUGCAACUCAAUAUCAGAAUCGGGCAUCAGACUCAAGUCGCCAUGAUCCAGAACCACAAUAACACUGUUUUGAUGAUGGAUGGUAUUCACCACAUCACACACUGUCUUCACACAACACACUUAGCAAACAGCUGCAGCAGCUGUCCUGAUAGACCAAUACAAAACACAGUAAGCCUGGUCCCAGAUCUGUUUGUGUUAGGCCAAACAACAACCAUAGGAGUUGGCUAUACAGCACAAACAGAUCUGGGACCAGGCUAAAACACAAUACAGUGUAAGUAAGAGGGAAAGGAUGAUGUUUACUGUGUAUUAAUGGUUAGUACAGUUACAGUAUGUGGGUGUUGGCUCCCUCACCUCCCAUAUUGCCAGUUCUGCCUGCCUGCCUCCUCUCCUCUCCUCUCCUCUCCUCUCCUCUCCUCUCCUCUCCUCUCCUCUCCUCUCCUCUCCUCUCCUCUCCUCUCCUCUCCUCUCCUCUCCUCUCCUCUCCUCUCCUCUCCCCUCCCCUCCCCUCCCCUCCCCUCCCCUCCCCUCCCCUCCCCUCCUCUCCUCUCCUCUCCUCUCCUCUCCUCUCCUCUCCUCUCCUCUCCUCUCCUCUCCUCUCCUCUCCUCUCCUCUCCUCUCCUCUCCUCUCCUCUCCUCUCCUGUCUCCUUGGGAGCAGCAGGCCCAUUAGCCCUAUCCUCAAUCCCAUCACCCAUUGUCAACUGAAUCCUUGGGUACAGCCCCUGUUGGCACAGAUAGGGAGCAACACAGACACACAUGCACACAAACGUGAACGAGGAUGCAUGUGCACACACACACAUGUGCACACACACACAAACACAGACACACACACAGACACACACGCACGUCCAUACACACAUGUGCAUACACACCCUGAGUGCUCUUCUAAUGUCCUAAUGUCCAUCAAGCCUCUACGCUCAACAGACCUUAUCUCUUUCUGCUCAAGCCAGUGUGUGUGUGUGUCUCAGGGUUUCCGUUAGCCGGUAAUUGCCGCCCUUAUGGCAGAUAAAAACUAUUAAAAGCCAAUAAAUAAAAUUGUUGCUGGCCAAAUUGACCGUGAGAAAAAACAAUCCCAUGGCAAAAUAAUGUUUUUAUUCAUUGAUGGAAAUAUCAGUCGAUGGAAAUACAUUUGACCAUCAUGCUUAUUGGUCUAUGGGUACAUUUGCUGAAUUUAGUGGAAUUAAAUUGGGGCAUCUUUAUUUUCAUUAGUCAUCAUGUAUCUUAUGUAUUACCCGUGCACAGCAUACAGAGAGCCUACUCACCUCAGCACUAGAGCUGCUGCAGCUCCUCAGCUUGUUGCUGCUUGAGUGGUGCAGUGCUAGCUGUGGUGCAGUGCUAGCUGUGGUGCAGUGCUAGCUGUGCCACUAGAGAUCCUGGUUCGAAUCCAUGACCGGGAGACCCAUGGGGCGGCGCACAAUUGGCCCAGCGUCGUCCAGGGUAGGGGAGGGAAUGGCCGGUAGGGAUGUAGCUCAGUUGGUAGAGCAUGGCGUUUGCAAUACCAGUGUUGUGGGUUCGAUUCCCACGGGGGGCCAGUAUGAAAAAAUAUAUAUAUAUGUAUGCACUCACUAACUGUAAGUUGCUCUGGAUAAGAGUGUCUGCUAAAAUGAUGUAAAUGAAACAUGCUUUUAAAAGCCCAGCAAUUCUAAAUGUAAUUGCGUGCUUAAAACAGUUUUGAUGGCCUGGAUUAAAAAGAGCUACUAUUUUUAUUUCUCAACUGGUAAUUGAAGCACGCUUCCCAUUCGCCAUUCAAGUGCAUAGGCAACGGUAGGUAGGCAGGCGGAAGCAGUAUGCAUUUUGAAAACAUAUACUUGAAACGUGGAGGCAAUUAUUUUAUAAAGACUUCCUCAUAUGCCAUGGAAACAAGUGUUUCUCUCCUGUUCUAUUGGUUUUCAUAUCAACUUUCUUUCAUUGUCCAGAAGCCAAAGGCACAAUCAUAGUCAUAUUAGCAACCCAUCAUAGUUGUUGCAUUUCUUUAGUUUUUAAUAGAUAUUUUCAUCUCUGUCACAUGUGGAACCGCUCGCAUCAGGUGCGCUGUUUAGAAUGGUGUUUUUCUUGCCAAUUGCAUUUUGGCAAAUGUUUGAAAAUGACAUUUUAUUGGCUGCUUCAUUACAGGAGUUGCGUGUUCUGUUAAGAUGAAUUACCAUAAUCUAAAUGUGAUUUCUGUCAUUCUGAGCAUCGUGGUUGGACGCCCUAAUCGGUUACGCACACAAUGCAUAUGAUUCCAGUAAAUUAAAAUAUUUCCGGUCACGUUAUCCAGCACCACGUUUUCCUAAUGGAAACCCUGGUGUACGUGUGUGUGUGUGUGUGUGUGUGUGUGUGUGUGUGUGUGUGUGUGUGUGUGGGGUCAGCCUAACUGUGGUCAGUAACCGCAGAUGGGAAGUGUCUCCUUCAAAUGAAUGGUUUAGUUUAGUCAUCCCUACUGCUCCUUUCAGCUGCCAUUUUAACUUUCCAUUCCAAGCUAAAUGGUCGCUAUGGGUGUUGUCAUGCAGAGUGUAGGACUCUGCACCUGCCUACUGUUAGUAGAGCCUUUGUCAUGUCAACGUUAUGGAAACACUAAAGAUGGCUGGCUGCAAGACUAUUUAGUCUGACCUCUCUACCCCCCUCUACACCCCCCUCUUUCUCUCUACCCCCUCUCUCAACCCCCCCUCUUUCUCUACCCCCUCUCUCUACCCCCCUGCUCUCUCUACCCCCACCCCCCCCUUCUCUACCCUCCCCCUCCUCUCUCUCUACCCCCCCCAUUCUCUACCCCCCCCUCUCUCUACCCACCCCCCUUUCUCUACCACCCCCUCUACUCCUACCUCCCCUCUCUCUCUACCCCCUACCCCCUCUCUCAACCCCCCCCUCAACCUCCCCCUCUCUCUCACCCCCUCUCUCUACCCAGCUCUCUACCUCUACCCCCCCUCUCCCUCUCUACCCCCUCGCUCUACUCCCCUCUCGCUCUCUACCACCGCUUCUCUACCCCCUUCUCUCUCUACCCCUCUCUCUCUUCCCUCUCUAAACCCCCCUCCCUCUCUAGACCCCCACCUCUCUCUUCUACCCCCCCCCCCCCCCCCCCCUACACCCCCCCCCCACCCCCCCCCCCUCUACCCUGCCCCCCCUCUCUAAAACCCCCGUCAUUUCUUCGCUCUCUCCUUUCGCUUCUCAGGACGUUGUGUUUCUUCGCCCCUCGCCUGCCGCAUCAAACAAGCGUAUCCAUCCCAGCUUGUGCAUGGGCAACCACGAGCUGUACAUGCGCCGCCGCAAGCCAGACACCAUCGAGGUGCAGCAGAUGAAGGCCCAGGCCCGCGAGGAGAAACACCAGAAACAGAUGGAGAGGUGUGUGCGUGUCUGCGCUUGUGUGUGUGUGAAUGUGCGUGUGUGUGUGUGUGUGUGCGCAUGCUUGUGCGUGUUUAUGAGUUUAGAAUAGGGGUGGCCAACUCUCCUCCUGGAGAACUACUGUAUGUGCAUGCUUUUGCUCCAUCCCUACACAAACAGACCUGAUCAGUUUCAGAAUAUCACUCACAAAAAGGGAUAUAUUGUAUCCCACUUCACAUGAUCAGAGUUGUCCAGAGUAGCAAAAAUGUGCCGUUAAUCAUAUCUUAGCAUGUAUCUCUUGCUCCAAAGCUUAGCACGCUCUUCAUUAUAGCAAGACAUGCUCAGCACCUUUGUAGGCUUCACAGGUACAUGAAGUACUGCAGCGCUAGGUCACUAGCAUAACUAGAUUAAUCCCAGCGUAGCACUGAUGAUUCAAUAGCAUGACUUCAUUCUGGGAUGAGUGAAGCGACCUGAAGACAAGGUUGUGGGAGCUGUCUGCCGGUGCUGUCUCUGCUAGUGUCAGCUGGACAGUAUCGUCUCUGCACAGAUGUUCAAACAACAUGUAACACAGUCAUUCAUUACGCUGGACAUGGCCAGGGUCUGUCACAAUCACCUGUAGGACUUUCUUUAUACGGUAACCUAACCCUAACCCUAACCCUACACGGGAACCUAACCCUACACUGGAACCUAACCCUAACCCUACACUGGAACCUAACCCUAACCCUACACUGGAACCUAACUCUAACCCUACACUGGAACCUAACUCUAACCCUACACUGGAACCUAACCCUAACCCUACACUGGAACCUAACUCUAACCCUACACUGGAACCUAACUCUAACCCUACACUGGAACCUAACCCUAACCCUACACUGGAACCUAACUCUAACCCUACACUGGAACCUAACCCUAACCCUACACUGGAACCUAACUCUAACCCUACACUGGAACCUAACCCUAACCCUACACUGGAACCUAACUCUAACCCUACACUGGAACCUAACCCUAACCCUACACUGGAACCUAACUCUAACCCUACACUGGAACCUACCCUAACCCUACACUGGAACCUAACUCUAACCCUACACUGGAACCUACUCUACCCUACACUGGAACCUAACUCUAACCCUACACUGGAACCUAACUCUAACCCUACACUGGACCUAACCCUAACCCUACACUGGAACCUAACCCUAACCCUACACUGGAACCUAACUCUAACCCUACACUGGAACCUAACCCUAACCCUACACUGGAACCUAACCCUAACCCUACACUGCCAACCCUCAACAAUAAAGGGAAAGGGUGUCAUUGUAUCGCUAGUGUAGAUUCUUUAACCAGCUUAUUUAACAUCACUGAACAAACUACAAAGGGUAUCUGUAGAAUGACAGUUUAUGCCUGCUACAUUGUGCCCCCAAAUGUGUUUGCUUGCUUUGUGUGUGUGUGUGUGUGUGUGUGUACAAAGGAUGUGUCUCUACUCAAUGUGUGUAAAAUCAGUGUGUGUGUACAAAGUAUGUGUCUCUACUCAAUGUGUGUAAAAUCAGUGUGUGUGUGUGUGUACAAAGUAUGUGUCUCAACUCAAUGUGUGUCAAAUCUGUGUGUGUGUAUGUAGAAAGUAUGUGUCUCUACUCAAUGUGUGUAAAAUCAGUGUGUGUGUGUAGAAAGUAUGUGUCUCUACUCAAUGUGUGUAAAAUCAGUGUGUGUGUGUGUGUGCCCUCACACACAGCGAGAGGGGCCAGUGGCCCCUGAGUGGUUGUUAGUUUAUUAGUCAGCACACGUCAGCCUCUCUUUGUGUCUCACACCGGCCCUCUCUUAUCUGCAGGGCCCAGCUGGAGAACGAGAAGAAGAAGAGGGAGGCCAUAGAGAAAGAGAAGGAGCAGAUGGAGAGAGAGAAGCAGGAGCUGAUGAUGAGACUCUACCAGUUUGAGGAGAAGACCAAGAAGGCAGAGAAAGGUAGGACCGGGGAGAACAGGGUCUGACUGGGGAGGACACUAGGGUCAACCAGAGCACAUUUAUCACCUAAAUGUAGGGAGACGUGUGUGUGUGUGUGUGUAUGUGUGUGAGAGAAAGAGAGACAGAGAGUGUGUGUGUGUGUGUGUGUGUGUGUGUGUGUGUGUGUGCUGCAUUUUCAUGCCGCAUUAAAUAAAAUAGCCUAAAACAGUAACGAUAUUUGAGAACAUCGCGCUCAGUUGACAACAAUUUGCAUUGAAAUAGUUCAAACAUUCUGGUCUAUUUUACUGGAAGUAGUAGUAUACAGGUAGCCUUGUGCUAUGUGUGACUUAUGUCCUGGUGGACCCCAGAUAGCCCGGCGGGAUUGUUUCUGCAGGGUUAGAUAUCAGCUAUCAGGCUGAUAAGGCAUUUACUGACCGUCAAGGCUUCCUCAUCGACCUUUGUUUGUAACCCUAUAUACAUGGGUCAUAUUCAUUAGACAUCAACGGGAAGAAAAGCUACUAAAACAGGGAGGGACUACCUGAACGUGUACAAUAAGAAAUGCUUGUUUUCGUUUUCCGUUGCAAAACAUUUCCUGCAAUUUCUCCAUAUUCAGUCUAGCCGAUAGCGUAUACCGCCUCUCGGAUUUACUUAACAGGAUUAUUAUUGUAUUAUUAUUGCCAUGAUUACACAGACUAUGUGAAUUAAUGAGGAGGCGGAACACACCUUAAUUCAAACUGUUGUUAGAAAAUACAACUUGUUAGAAAAUAAUUUGAAAUUGACAAGUUGAAACAUAGCCUAUAGAUAAUUAGCAGGCAUCGCGUGUUAACUGUCCUGUUGUGUAACAAUCACAUGUUGGAACAGUGAGUGCAUUCUGACAUCACCUGCAUAAAACAACUCACGCUGGGGGGCGACUAUUUGGAACUCACGUGUGAAAAGGUUAAACCAACAUCUCUGAAACCACAUUAGUUUCAAGUUUCAUAUUUUAUUUGUCACAUGCACAGUGGAAUGCUUAACUUGCAAACCCUUCACAACAGUGUUCAAUAUUCAAUAUAUUCUAUUCAAUAUUCAAUCAUUAACAUGCAUUAGCAAUAUUCUUAGAUGUGCGGCUCUUCUGCAAAAUCAUUCAGUAUGUGUGUGUGUCGUGUGUAUGAUUUGUGUCUUCUCUGUCUCUCUGUGUAUCAGCUGUGUGUGUACGUGUGUCUUACCUCUCUCGUUCGAUCUCUCUCUCUUUCUAUCUCUAUCUCUAUCUCUCUCUUUCUAUCUCUAUCUCUAUCUCUCUCUUUCUAUCUCUCUCUUUCUAUCUCUCUCUCUCUUUCUAUCUCUCUUUCUAUCUCUCUUUCUAUCUCUCCCUCUCUCUGUCUCUCCCCCCCCCCCCCCCCUCUCUCUCUCUCUCUCUCUCCUCUCUCUCUCUCUCCUCUCUCUCUCUCUCUCUCUCUUUCUCUCCCCAUUCUCCUCUCUCUCUCUCUCUCCCCUUCUCUCUCUCUCCCCCUUCUCACUCUGGCUCUCUCUCUCUCCUCCCCUCUCUCUCUCCUCUCCAGACCUCCAGGAGCAGAUGCAACGUGCCACGCAGCUGGAGGUGGAGAGGAGGCUGGCCGAGGACGAGGCGGCCCGCCUGGAGGCUGAGCGUCAGGCCGCCCUGCUGGCCAAAGAGGAGCUGGCCCGCCACGCCCAGGACCAGAUGCACAACCAGGAGCAGCUGGUGAGAACCACCACACAACCAUUGUACAACCAUGUUAUAACAUGUCACAACCCCCAUAACCUUACUGUACUGUACAAUAAUGCUACCAUGUCACAGCAAAUUGAAACCCCGCUAUAACCUACUACACUGUACUAUACUGUACAAUUCUGAAGUUGAUGUAUCUGUGACAAAAGACUGUGUUAGCCUGCUGAGCUUAAGCCUAGGCAGCACCUCUUUAACAUGUACAACUCCAAACCACACCUCACUGCAGCGCACUGUGCAGAGCUGAAAUGAACUCCUCUAUGCAGCACUGAAGACUGCGCCUCUCUAGACCAAACCUUACUGUAAUAAUGUCCUCACCAUAGUAAAACUGGACUGCAAUCUAUUAUGCCAGACAGUGUCCACCCCACCCCACCCUGCUCUGCACCCUGCUUUGCUCUGCAUCAGACCACACACAGGUCACUUUACCAGACCUGACAGUAAACCUGUAGUCCAGGGUGAAGGCAAUUGACAGUGGAACACUGAGGCUGUUUUUAUAGGGACACGUUGGACAACAGCCACUCUGAACCAACCCCAUAACAGAGCAAUGUGUCAUGAUAAACAGAUAAAGACACCAGACAUUAAGACACUAUAGUCUCUGCAAAGAAACGGAAUGUAGGAUACGCUACAAGAGUUGCUCUAAUGGGGCUUUCCUCAAACAUGUAUUGCCUCGCUAUGACCCCAUAUAUACCAUAGGCACCACUGGUAUGAACAUUGCAACAUGAUCUACUGUUUCUCUCAAAAUCUCCUCAGCUUUAACUAGGUACACUGGAGGCUCCAGUGACUAAGCAGCAGUCUAGCCUAGCAACCUGUUGACUAUUUUCAAUAGAGGCUGUGUUGGCCCUUUUCCCAGCUGAACACACUUCACAGAGGUGUUUUAUGGUCAAGUAUCCCCACUGUGUGUGUGUGGUGCUUUUGUGCUGGGCUUUGUGUGUGUGUGUGUGUGUGUGUGUGUGCGUGUGUGUGUGCAGUAUUUACCGUCCCAGACAUCACACGCACGCUGCGAACAACAAAAGCAGACUUACUUAGCCCUACAAUAAGCACUGAGCACUGCACUCUACUCUGAUGUACUCUACUGCAGGUCUCUCUGCUCUCUGGUACCAUGGUGGAUCUACUAUAUGGCCCACACCAUUGAGUUAGAAAGAGGACUCUAGAUGGAUAUAACCCGUUUUAAUGGUGCUGCCCAUGCUUUCACAGAUGCCAGAUUGGCACAGAUACAAAGAUGAGUCCUCUAUCUAACUCUAUGGCCCUGAAGUCAUUAUACCUCAUCACCAGAUUAUUAGCCCCAGCACAUGUUGAGACAGACUGGACUCUGGCCAGCCCCAGCAUAUGUUGAGACAGACUGGACUCUGGCCAGCCCCAGCACAUGUUGAGACAGACUGGACUCUGGCCAGCCCCAGCACAUGUUGAGACAGUCUGGACUCUGGCCAGCCCCAGCACAUGUUGAGACAGACUGGACUCUGGCCAGCCCCAGCACAUGUUGAGACAGACUGGACUCUGGCCAGCCCCAGCACAUGUUGAGACAGACUGGACUCUGGCCAGCCCCAGCACAUGUUGAGACAGUCUGGACUCUGGCCAGCCCCAGCACAUGUUGAGACAGACUGGACUCUGGCCAGCCCCAGCACAUGUUGAGACAGACUGGACUCUGGCCAGCCCCAGUACAUGUUGAGACAGACUGGACUCUGGCCAGCCCCAGUACAUGUUGAGACAGACUGGACUCUGGUCAGCCCCAGCACAUGUUGAGACAGUCUGGACUCUGGCCAGCCCCUGUACAUGUUGAGACAGACUGGACUCUGGUCAGCCCCAGUACAUGUUGAGACAGACUGGACUCUGGUCAGCCCCAGUACAUGUUGAGACAGACUGGACUACUCCGCCCUGUACUGCUCUCUGCUUCUCUUUUCUCUCUUCUGGAAGGUGACUUAUACAUCUCUGUCCUAAUGUUCACUUUUUACUCAAAAUGUCCAGCCCUUAAUUAAAACCUGUAGCCCUCCACACUGUCCCCUCCACACUAUCCCCUCCACCCCUCUCUGUCUCUCCAUCCCUUCCCACAGACCUGUAGUAUUUUGUCUACUGUACCCAAACUGUCCUCCUCCUUGUCUGUCCCAGAUGUUUAAGUCCUCACCUAUUUCCCUCCUCUCCUCUCUCCUCUGUUCUCUGUAUCAGGCUGCGGAGCUGGCCGAGCACACAGCCAGGAUCGCCCUGCUGGAGGAGGCCAGGAGACGCAAGGAGGAGGAGGCUGAUACAUGGCAACACAGGGUGAGUCACACACACACACACACACACACCCACACACACACACACAUGAACAAACGCAUGCGCGCAUAUGUACGCACACACAAGCACGCACAAUUGGAUGCAUACACACACACACACAUGCACACACACAAUCAGGGCUCUAUUAAAUCAGAUCCGCUUUAGCCGGUGUUGGAGGUGGAACUGUGUUAGAGCUGUCAGAUCCAAGUGGCUCCUGGUAUUAUACCUAAAGAGGACAUUUUCAUUGGCUGCAUGGUGUCGCAUUAAGAGAAAUCCCAUGUAGCCUUGAAUACAAGUUGGAACACUGGAAUGUGAGAUGUAAUCUACACCUAGAUUAGGCUGAUAGAAAUCCGUAUUAUUUCUAUAUAGCCUACACUUUCUGGUUCUGAACUUCUAACGAGAGUGGGACGGGUGUGGCUUCGUGACAAUGAACAAGGGCAGCUGCUCACCGAUUUGACAGCACCAACACAGUUACACCAACGCCAAGAUAUCAGCUAUGCGAUAUCGCCGGUUAACACUCGAUCUGAUUGAACCUAUGUCACCUAGUCACUUAACUGUAUUUACUCUACCAUUGAUAUGGAAUCACUUUUUUUCUGUGGCUCAAGAUCAGAACAGGUUGUAUUGUAAUGUGGGGCAUUCCAUAGUGUUCUGUAAUAGUAAACCUCUCCCUGUCCUCCCACCCCACCCCCUCAGGCUCAGGAGGCCCAGAACGACCUGCUGAAGACCAAGGAGGAGCUGCAGAUGGUGAUGACGGCCCCUCCUCUGGCGCCCCCUCCCCCCAUGUUUGUGGAGGUGCCCAUGUUUGUGGACAACCACGACGUUUUGAUGGUGGAGGAGCAGAACGACCACGACAGCGAGAACAACAGCACGUACAGCGCCGACCUGCAGAACGAAGGCUUUAACGACCACCGCCGAGAGGAGGAGCGCCUCACCGAGGCCGAGAAGAACGAGCGUGUGCAGAGGCAGCUCAUGGUAAGAGAGAUUAGUCGUGCGAGUUUGCAGGGAUUGUUUGGUUGCUUAAUGGGUUGAGUGAUCGAUUGAUCACUUGAUUGAUUGUUUAAAUAAUUAAUGAAUUAAAUCAUUCAGUCUUGAAUUGUAUAUUACUGAUAGAAAAGCAACCUAUAUUCCCUCUCUUACUGUCGUUUUAAUCGUUAAGAAAAAAUCACUAACCGAAAAAAAAUGUUUUUUUUUCUUCCACAAGAUUUACAUCACAGUGCAGUUAUCACAAAACUAUUACUAACAGGUCCUGAUCAUCAUCAUAAAGGGAACAUUUUUAAUUAAACAAAUAGCUAAUGCAACAAUGAUGUUUAUUUGCAAAUUAUGGUGGAAAAUAAGUAUUUGGUCAAUAACAAAAGUUUCUCAAUACUUUGUUAUAUACCCUUUGUUGGCAAUGACACAGGUCAAACGUUUUCUGUAAGUCUUCACAAGGUUUUCACACACUGUUGCUGGUAUUUUGGCCCAUUCCUCCAUGCAGAUCUCCUCUAGAGCAGUGAUGUUUUGGGGCUGUCGCUGGGCAACACGGACUUUCAACUCCCUCCAAAGAUUUUCUAUGGGGUUGAGAUCUGGAGACUGGCUAGGCCACUCCAGGACCUUGAAAUGCUUCUUACGAAGCCACUCCUUCGUUGCCCGGGCGGUGUGUUUGGGAUCAUUGUCAUGCUGAAAGACCCAGCCACGUUUCAUCUUCAAUGCCCUUGCUGAUGGAAGGAGGUUUUCACUCAAAAUCUCACGAUACAUGGCCCCAUUCAUUCUUUCCUUUACACGGAUCAGUCGUCCUGGUCCCUUUGCAGAAAAACAGCCCCAAAGCAUGAUGUUUCCACCCCCAUGCUUCACAGUAGGUAUGGUGUUCUUUGGAUGCAACUCAGCAGUUGAGUUUUUACCAAAAAGUUAUAUUUUGGUUUCAUCUGACCAUAUGACAUUCUCCCAAUCCUCUUCUGGAUCAUCCAAAUGCACUCUAGCAAACUUCAGAUGGGCCUGGACAUGUACUGGCUUAAGCAGGGGGACACGUCUGGCACUGCAGGAUUUGAGUCCCUGGCGGUGUAGUGUGUUACUGAUGGUAGGCUUUGUUACUUUGGUCCCAGCUCUCUGCAGGUCAUUCACUAGGUCCCCCCGUGUGGUUCUGGGAUUUUUGCUCACCGUUCUUGUGAUCAUUUUGACCCCACGGGGUGAGAUCUUGCGUGGAGCCCCAGAUCGAGGGAGAUUAUCAGUGGUCUUGUAUGUCUUCCAUUUCCUAAUAAUUGCUCCCACAGUUGAUUUCUUCAAACCAAGCUGCUUACCUAUUGCAGAUUCAGUCUUCCCAGCCUGGUGCAGGUCUACAAUUUUGUUUCUGGUGUCCUUUGACAGCUCUUUGGUCUUGGCCAUAGUGGAGUUUGGAGUGUGACUGUUUGAGGUUGUGGACAGGUGUCUUUUAUACUGAUAACAAGUUCAAACAGGUGCCAUUAAUACAGGUAACGAGUGGAGGACAGAGGAGCCUCUUAAAGAAGAAGUUACAGGUCUGUGAGAGCCAGAAAUCUUGCUUGUUUGUAGGUGACCAAAUACUUAUUUUCCACCAUAAUUUGCAAAUAAAUUCAUAAAAAAUCCUACAAUGUGAUUUUCUGGAGAAAAAAAAUCUCAAUUUGUCUGUCAUAGUUGACGUGUACCUAUGAUGAAAAUUACAGGCCUCUCUCAUCUUUUUAAGUGGGAGAACUUGCACAAUUGGUGGCUGACUAAAUACUUUUUUUCCCCACUGUAUAGAUUCAAAUCUAGAUCCAGAUCUUCAACAGCUUGUUGUCCGCUUGUUCACUCAUGUCCUUGGCAUGUUCCUCCCUUGUUGACUUCUUCUUGACUCAUCGUGUUGUUCCUCCUUGCAGGCCCUGAGCUCAGAGCUGGCCCAGGCCCGCGACGACACUAAGCAUACCCAGAACGAUCUGCUACACACGGAGAACGUGCGCGCCGGCCGGGACAAGUACAAGACCCUGCGGCAGAUCCGAUCGGGCAACACCAAGCAGAGGAUCGACGAGUUUGAGGCCUUAUAA